UUGAUGCAGCUAAAGUGUCGUAGCUCGGGGAGAGAGCCUGAGACCUGUGUUUCUAAUUGCCUAUAGGACACCUCCGCCAGGGUAAACCCAGACAUCCAAAGCCUACCCUCAAGAUUACUUCUCUGUCACUCAAUUCAGAUUUGGUUUAUCUCACAAAUGCCACUAAAGUCACCCAUUUUGGGUUCCCCAAAUCUGUCGCUGCAUGGAGUCGGUCGGUGAGAUUUACACUUCCCGGAAUUCCCUGCCCUCCAAGAGCGGUGUGAUAGCUCCAGAGACUACAGCUCCCAGCGUCCUGCGCGCCCGAGCGGGGCGGGGCUUUCUGGUCACGACUCCCGCGAAAAGGACAUGGCAGAGCCGUCAAGAUCCCGGCACCGCUCGCUGUAUAAAGUAAGGGGCUCGCCGCCUUGGAAGGAGGCAUUCAGGCAGGGAUGCCUGGAAAGGAUGAGAAACAGCCGCGACAGACUCCUGAACAAGUACCGCCAGGCUGGAGGCAGUAUGCCAGGUGGAGCUCAGAACACCUUUCUGGUGCAAGAGGUGAUGGAAGAGGAAUGGAGUGCUUUGCAGUCAGUGGACAGAUGUCCAGAGACCUUGGCUCAGGUGGAGGAACUGAUGGACCUGGCUGUACUGGAGGAAAUUCAACAGGAGCUAAUUAACCAAGUCAUAUUUCCAGAAGACUGUUUUUACUCUGAAGGCUCAGCUGUCUUCCCAAUAAUAAGGAUCUCCAGUGUAUUGGCCUUGUGCUAAGAACUUCUCAUUCCAUGAUACUGUUUUCUCCUUAUAACUGCGCUACAAGACAGUGUUAGAAGAGAAAGUAUUGUCUUACACAGAUCACACAGCUAGCAAGUGGUGGAACUGGGGAGCAAAAUCAAUUGUAUGAAUCUGGUACCCAUAUUCAUUCUACUAUCCUAUUGUACCUAUAUAGUUAAUAGAAAUCCUGUCCCUUUACAGGAUACAGGGCAUGAUCAUAUCCCUUGCUCUACCUAAAUUAUGUGCCAUCUCUUCCAUCCAUUCUUUAUUGACUCCCCAGGGUCUUUGUGAGUGUCUACUUUGGGGGGCAUCCCUGGCAUUGAAUGGAGUGCAUAGUUUAGCACCUUAUAUAAUUAUUUAUUCCACAUAGCUUUGUCUCGGCUAGCCUUAGCUUUUCUCGCCUAUAAAACAGAGAUAAUAAACCUACCCUAUAAAGUUUGUUGUAAGAUUCAAAUAAAAUAUGUCUAGAAGACUUAGAGCACUGCCUGACAUAAAGCAGUAGGCAAUAGUUAUUAUGGGGAUGCAAGAGCAUCGAUUCUUGAGCCAGACGGCUAAAAUUCACUUCUCAGCUUUACCACUUUAACUUUUGGGACACUGGGCAAGACACUUAAUCUCCCUGUGCCUAGGUUUCUUCAUCUUUAAAAUAAGGAUAAUAAUAAAGAAGUUAACAAAUAUAAAGGGAUUAAA